ACCCACCUCAUGGUGAAUCAAACCCCAACCAGUGUCAGUGAUUUAGAAGGCUCAGAACUUACCAUGAAUUGUACAUUCAAGACAGUCAAUAACCACAGCACCAUGUAUGUGCGAUGGUAUAACUAUGGGACUGAGGGACUAAAGAAAGAGCUGGUGAAUGACAGCGAUGUGAUCACAACCCUGCAUUUGGACAAUGGUUUUGCCUCUCUCACUUUGAAGAAUGUGAAUUCAUCUGAUACAGGAACCUAUGUGUGUGAGGUGGGGAUCACAGCAAGGAACCUCUCUGGGAAUGGAACAGGAACCCAAGUGACCAUCAAGACACUUGACCAAAGGCCAAUGAGCUCUUACAUUGUGUCUGGGGCUGUGGCUGGGACACUUCUCUUCUUGCUGGUGCUUGGUAUCCUUUUGUGGAGAUGGAGACAGAGCUCCAAAGAACCACUUCAAAGCAGGUCAGAGGCAGAGAUGAAUCAGAUGGAGACGUCUUCUCCUCCACCAGCUGAUCUGGUGACUUACGUUGACUUGAACUCCCACAAAAGGGACAAAAAAGCAGAGGAAGAGGUUGUUUACACGGAAGUGAAGAUACGGCCAAAACAGAGAGAUGACAAUGACAUCUACGCAAAAGUCAACCCUCGUCAUCGCUAGGGGAAGAGCCAGUGGGAAUUAACAGAGGAGUGACCAGCAUUUCACAUGUCCAUGAAAUGCAAAUCUCCAUGAAAAAAUGAAUUAGCUCUUAGUAAAAGAUGUCCUUGAAGAUCAAAGUCCUCUAGUUAUGAACAGAGCAGGUAGCAGUGCAAGAUUCCCUCAUUUCCUGCUCCACCAACAUGCCUCAACUGUGAUCUGGAGAGACCAAUUCUGUGGGUAAACGGAGAGUUCUGCUAACCCAUAUACUCUUGGCCUAUGUGCUGUGAUUGCAGCCAGGAAACGGGUUGUGCAGUGGACAGUGUUUCAAUAGGAACUGAGUCGAGACCAGAAAUUCAUUUAACAAACUCACCAGUCAUCAGAGGGUCCUGUGGCACCUUUAAGACUAACAGAAGUAUUGGGAACAUAAGCUUUCGUGGGUAAGAACCUCACUUCUUCAGAUGCAAGUAAUGGAAAUUUCCAGAGGCAGGUAUAAAUCAGUAUGGAGAUAAUGAGCCUGGCUGAAGUCAUUAAGGUUUUCAACCAUUUACACCAAGACUGUACAUGUGCCUUACAAUAUCGAUAAGAAUGGCCAGGCUGGGUCAGAUCAAUGGUUCAUCUCGCCCAGUAUCCUGUCUUUGACCAGUGCCAGAUACUUCAGAGGGAAUGAACAGUACAGGGCAAUUUCAAGUGAUCUAUCCCCUGUUGUCUAGUCCCCCCUUAUGACAGUUGGGGGUUGAGAGACACCACACUGAAUGACUAAGCUGUGUACAAAAUACACAGCGGUUGCCCUAAACACUACAUCUUACAGCAGAAUUACUGCUAGUGGUUUAGGACAUUACUAUACAGUACUGCAUCUACUUCUUACCACACCAAAUACUUCCAUUCAUCCAGCCCAUACUU